UUCUCACGAGUAGAAGACUGUGUCUGCGUGUUCAUUCGGGCCGGAAAAAAAAAACAACAAAGAAAAUUGUCUCACCCCCUCCCCGUUGAGUAAGUUUGUGUCCAUUUCUCACAAAGGAAGUAUUUCCACGCCAUCAUGGACAACAUAAUUUCAGCAGACACUAAUGAGCACGAAAAGGAGCUGGUGGGAUGGUUUUACCCAUCGGAAAAGAUCAAAUCGGAGGCGCAUGUGUCCAGUAUGGAUCGAUACAAGGAAAUGUAUCACCAUUCCAUCCACGAACCAGCUGUUUUCUGGGGCGAGAUUGCAGAAGAAUUCUUCUGGAAAGUCCCGCCAAGCAAAGACAAAUUUAUGGAGUUUAACUUUGACACUCGUCAAGGACAAGUCUUCAUCAAAUGGAUGGAAGGGGCAGUUACAAAUAUUUCAUACAAUGUAUUGGACAGAAAUUUGGAUAAAGGGCUUGGAGACACUGUGGCUUUUUAUUGGGAAGGAAAUUUUCCUGAAGAUAAUAAGCAGAUUACCUACAGUGAACUUCUCAAAGAAGUGUGCAAGUUUGCCAAUGUUUUGAAAGACAAAGGUAUUAAGAAAGGUGACAGAGUGGCCAUUUACAUGCCAAUGAUUAUUGAGUUGGUAGUUGCAAUGUUAGCUUGUGCAAGAAUUGGAGCUGUUCACUCAAUUGUGUUUGGAGGAUUCUCUGCGGAAUCUUUGGCUGAGCGGAUUCUUGAUUCAUCUUGUAAAUUACUUGUUACUGCUGAUGGGUCAUAUAGGGGUACAAAGCUUAUUAACCUUAAGGAAAUUGCUGAUGAUGCCAUUGCAAAGUGCAAAGAUAAGGGAUUUACUGUGGAAACUUGUAUUGUUGUUCAACAUGUGGAAGGCGCCACUGCCACAAGUCCACAUUCAUCACCAGUUGCCAAAAAACCUUGUCCACCAGCACAGGUAAAUUUCAAUGAUGCUGUCGACUGUUGGUGGCAUGAACUUAUGUCAAAUGCUAGUGACAAAUGUGAGCCAUGCUGGGUGGAUGCUGAGGAUCCAUUGUUCAUGCUCUACACAAGUGGAUCAACUGGUAAACCCAAAGGUGUCCUUCACACUGUGGGAGGUUAUAUGCUCUACACUGCUGUUACCUUUAAGUAUGUGUUUGACUAUCACCCAGGAGAGAUAUACUGGUGCACUGCAGACAUUGGCUGGAUCACUGGUCAUAGUUACAUCACUUAUGGACCCUUAGCAAAUGGUGCAACAAGUGUGCUGUUUGAAGGUACUCCUUUCUAUCCUGACUCUGGCCGCUUCUGGGAUGUUGUUGAUAGAUAUAAGGUUUCCAAAUUCUACACAGCUCCAACAGCCAUCAGGUCUCUCAUGAAGUUUGGAAAAGAUGUUGUAAAAAAGUACAGUCGUGAAUCUCUGAAAGUACUUGGCACAGUAGGAGAGCCUAUAAAUCCUGAAGCGUGGCUGUGGUAUUACCACACUGUGGGAGAUGAAAAAUGUGUAAUUGUUGAUACUUACUGGCAGACAGAGACUGGUGGACAUAUCAUCACCUCCCUACCUGGAGCAACACCCAUGAGACCUGGAGCUGCAUCUUUUCCAUUCUUUGGAGUUGUGCCAGCCAUUGUUGAUGAACAUGGAAAAGAACUUGAAGGAGCUUGUGAAGGGCUUUUGGUGAUGAAACAACCUUGGCCAGGCAUGGCAAGAACUAUUUAUGGAGAUCAUGAGCGAUUUGAACAUGUUUACUUUUCAAAGUUCAAUGGUUACUACACCACAGGGGAUGGUUGCAAACGUGAUGAUAAUGGUUACUAUUGGAUCACUGGGCGAACAGAUGACUGUAUGAAUGUCUCUGGUCACUUGCUAAGCACAGCACAAAUUGAGAGUGCUUUAGUGGAACACAAUGGAGUAACUGAAGCUGCUGUGGUAUCUUGUCCUCACAGAGAAAAAGGAGAAGGGAUCUACUGUUUUACCACAUUGAUGGAGGGUGUGGAAUUUAAUGAACAGCUCAUCAAAGAACUUAAGCAAAAAGUGCGCACAAAAAUUGGACCCUUUGCCACUCCUGAUGUUAUUCAAAAUGCACCUGGUCUGCCCAAGACACGAUCAGGCAAGAUCAUGCGUCGAGUUCUUCGUCAGGUUGCAAAGAAUGAGAAGAAGAUUGGUGAUGUGACCACCAUGGCUGACUCUUCUGUUCUCAAGAACUUGUUUGAAAACAGGCCUGAUGUUGAUUUCCUUCUCUAGUAACAUUAUUUUGCCUAUAAAACUUUGUGCUUUCAAUAUGGACAGCAGGCAUACUUUGGUUUAGAACACAUCCAGUUAAUACAAAUUCAGUGCCCCUUCCUUUUUACAAGUGACAGUUCUGUAGAAUUUUGCUUACUCUAACUACCAAGAGAAAUGAAGUUCAGGUCAACUAAUGGUAACUGACUAAUAAGAGUAAUUUAUAACACUGUGAAUACUAAAAUGCAUUGCCAUGUGUUUCAUGUUAAGAUCUUUGCACUGAAGCCAUAAAAUUGUAAUCCCAUUCAAUUUAGGAUGUGUUGACCUCCUACAAUUUUUGGAUUUUUUUGUUAAUGAAAAACACACGGGAUGGAGGACCAUAAUCACAGUGAGCAGUGCACCAAAAACUUCAAAUUAAGGUAUAGUCUACAGGCAUAACUUGACAAAUGGUGUUUGGCAAAUUUUUCAAUUUUUUGAUUUUGGUUGUUUUAGUCAAUUCUCUUGAAAUGAAAACCUAAUUAAAAGCUGCAAAGAUAAUUUUUAAAAUUUGUUAAUUAGUAGCUUUUAGAUGACAUACUGUGCACUGUAAGUUGGAUAAGGUGGAGGUUAGAGGUAACUGAGUUUAAGUAAGUGAUGCUAUCAUAUUCUCUAUCAAGGUUUCUGGAAGUAGGUUUUAGACAUGUUGGAGAAACUUUUAUCUUGGUGAAGGAACAUAUUAUGGCUUUAUCAGCCUUAAACCACAAGGAACAUGUUUUGUUCAUGAUCAUUCAUCUCCAAGUAUUUAUGUUCAUGUAUUGAAGUCAAAUUUUGUUUUGACAAUAAAAUAGGAUAGUUAUAUUAGACUAUUGCUAAAAUACAUCUUGUUCUUAUAAAAGCAACGUCUUGCAUUAUCAAAUAUGUUGGGGUUAAAAAUCUUUGUAAAACAAACCUAGUGUUCAAUAAAUGUUUUUAAAGUUU